UCAUGGGGGCCAUGCCAAAAUAUCAAUAUUCCACACAACAACAAUCAAAUUGUACCAACCUUUUGUUUUUUCUUUUCUUUUUUAUGUCAUCUUUCUCAAGUAUUUCUUCUCUUCUACUCAUCCUAUUUUUUGCCACUGCCAUCACUACUCUGUCACUUGGUUUUCCUCUUUUUAUUCUGUUUUAACUUUGCAUUUUGGAAAUGCCCCAUUUUCUAGAAACAGCUAACAAGUGAAGGUUUUUUUUCUCUGCUGAGUAAGACUUAUAUAACAAGCACCUGCAAUGGGUUCUGUAGACUGGCUUAAGAAUGUAAUCGGUAUGAGAAAAGCAAAGGAUGGGAGAUCGAAAAAAAUAAAGGGAACAUCAGUGAUCAAAAAAUCUAAUGGAUGCAUAGGGGAUAAUCUCCUGCAGAAAGAGCCUUCUAAAAUAACCAAUGGUGUCUUGAUCAAGAAUCAAAGGGAACUUGGAAUGCCUAUUGAGGACAGAGCAGCUAUUAAGAUUCAGACAUCAUUCCGUGCUUAUGUGGCUAGGAAAACUUUACGUCGAUUGAAAGGAAAUACAAGGUUACAGUCCCUGACACAACGUCCUUCAGUGAAAAAACAAACUUCAUCAGCUUUGAACUAUAUCUGUUCAUGGAACACCAUGCAAAGUGAGAUUAGAGCUCGUCGUGCCCACAUGGUAAUGGAAGGGCAUCUUAAGCGGAAGAAGCACGAGAAUCAAUUGAAGCUAGAGACAAAGCUUCAAAAUAUAGAGAUAGAUUGGAGUGGUGGCCCUGAAACAAUGGAAGUUAUUCUAGCAAGGAUUCACCAGAGAGAAGAAGCAGCUAUUAAACGGGAACGAGCUAUGGCGUAUGCAUUUUCUCAUCAGUGGAGGGCCAAUUCAAACACAGUAUCUGCAUCUGGAAAUAAUGAAAUGGGCAAAGCUAAUUGGGGCUGGAGCUGGAUGGAUCGCUGGGUUGCUGCUCGACCAUGGGAAAGCCGAGUUCUUGUUCAUGCAAGUCCAAAGAAAGUCAACGAUAAAGCAAGCAAGACCACUAAAAGUAUUACUAGCCCGACAAAGAAAACACCAAUUUCUGUUAAAUUAACUUAUCCCAAUGGGAAGGGCACUAUAAAAGCUAAAAAGUCCAAUGAAGUAGCUGCAUAAAAAGUGUGCAGCAAAGUUAAGGAGGCCGGCAGUUAAAAACAAGAGGUGGUAGUAGAACAUAACUGAAAAUAUAAGACGUUGAAGCCAAGACAUUUCGGGGUUUUUGCAUAUUGCUGAUGAUGGAGGUGGAAAAAAAAACUAGUAAGUUUAAUCAUCGAGCCUAAGUUGAUGUAUGUACAUUGCUUUUUGUCUGAGAGUUUGCCAUCGUUUUCUUUAUUUUCCCAAAUUCUUGUCUCUAUAUGUUUAUCUAAGAUGAUAAGUUAUUCAUAGGUUAACAUGUGUAUAGAUGUCACCUCAUUCAAGAGCAUUAAUAUUAUAGCUUGGAGUGCCCAGAAUAUUCUGCUCCUCCAUCUAUUUAUAGUUUAAUUUUGGAAUCAAUCUUUUACCCAAAACAUGUGUUGUACAUCAUAUAAAUUUUCAACCUAAAUGUGGUGUGACUUUUUAA